UUGCUUUACAUAAAAAAUAAUGAAACCUAAUCGGGAAAGUGAAAGGUCUCAUCAUCAUUUCCCACUUGUCUUGUGUGAUGGAGAAAAUUUCUUCAGUAGUGUUUGUUAAAUGAAUAUUUUCCGACAAUAAGACAAAGGGAUCUAUAACGUUGUUUCACCUUUUUAUGUAUGAUUAUAAAAGCUAAGGUGAAACAUAAGCAGAAGAAAUCAUCUCCCACCACACAGAGAAUUGAGAUCAUGGAGACCAAUAGAGCAGAGUUGAUCUUCAUUCCCACUCCAGGAUUUGGCCAUUUAGUUUCAGCUCUUGAACUUGCAAAGAUCUUAAUCAACUAUGACAAUGACCUCUCUAUCACAAUCCUCUACAUCAAGUUCCCAUUCGCUCCCUCUGCAGAUUCACACAUCAAAUCCGUUGUAUCCUCAUGGCCUCAGAUCAAACUCAUUGAUGUCCCCGAAGUAGAGCUGCCACCGCAGGAGGUUCUAAUGAAAUCCGUAGAACACUACAUCUUAGUCUUCAUGGAGAGCCUCAAACCCCAUGUGAAGAACACUAUACAAAAGAUGUCAUCUUAUGAUGACUCUGAUUCAAACCCUGUUAUUGGGUUGGUCUUGGAUUACUUCUGUUUGCCCAUGGUUGAUGUGGCAAAAGAACUUGGUGUCCCUUCUUACAUGUUCAUGACAUCAAAUGUUGGGUUUACUGCUCUCAAUGUUGCUCUCCUCGAACGCAAAAUCGAUGAUCCGUUCACCGAUUCUGAUACUGAUUUGUUGAUUCCAGGUAUAUCUAGUCCAGUUCCUUCAAAUGUUUUACCUAGUGCUGCAUUUAAUAGAGAUGGAUAUGCUGCAUAUUAUAAGCUUGCUCAGAAGUUCAAAGACACCAAAGGGAUCAUUGUUAAUUCUUUUUAUGAGGUAGAGAAGCAUGCUAUUGACGCGCUGUCUGAUGUAAAAACAACUCCUAUCUAUGCUGUUGGUCCUUUGAUUGAUAUCAAAGGUCAUCCGAAUCCGAAGUUAGACCAAAUGCAGCAUGACAAGAUAUUGAAAUGGCUUGAUGAGCAGCCAGAUUCUUCUGUUGUGUUUCUAUGUUUUGGGAGCAUGGGAAGCUUUGGUCCCUCUCAAACAAGAGAAAUAGCAACGGCGCUUCAGCACAGUGGAAUUAGGUUCUUGUGGGCUAUGCGCUUGCCACCAAACUCGGACAAUACAGAUAGAACCUUACCAGAAGGGUUUCUGGAAUGGAUGGAAGGCAGAGGAAUGAUAUGUGGUUGGGCACCACAGGUGGAGGUUCUUGCUCAUAAGGCCAUUGGUGGCUUUGUGUCGCAUUGCGGGUGGAACUCUAUUUUGGAGAGCUUGUGGUUUGGGGUGCCGACAUUGACAUGGCCUAUCUAUGCGGAACAACAGUUGAAUGCUUUUCGGAUGGUUAAAGAAUUUGGGUUAGCAGUGGAGCUGAGACUGGAUUAUAGGACUGGUAGUGUUGUAAUGGCAGAUGAGAUAGAAAAUGGGUUGAAAAAAUUGAUGGACAGAGAUAAUGUGGUGCAUAAGAAGGUGCAAGAGAUGAAAAAUAUGGCUAGAAAAGCUGUCCUGAAAGGUGGGUCUUCUUUCACAUCUCUGGGAGAACUUAUUAAUAAUAUGAAAGGCAGCAUGUAAUGGGUAAUAGCUAUUGUUGUAUUUGAUGUUGCUGCUUCCUUAUAAUCAAUAUACGUAGCUAAAUUAUUUAAAUGGCUAUGGCCUGUCUAAGCCAUUCCUUAGUGAAAUGAGUUGAAAAUUGUUGUAGUAGUUUGUUGAUCAAGAUUUUAUUUGAGUAACUACUACUAUUAUUCUAUCAAUUCUAUAUUGCUUUCCAAUUUUUGCCCUUUAUGGUAAAAGAUAUAAGCCCCAAGUUACCUGAAAAUGUCUUAAGUAUGAUUGUUAAUAUUGCAGAUAUUUUGCUAA